AUGUCCCUACUACACUUAAGCUUUUACUCAGCAUUCGCCCUGAGCAGCCUAGGUUUAGCCUUCCAUCGAACCCACUUCAUCUCGGCCCUGCUCUGUCUAGAGGGCAUAAUACUUGCCCUAUACAUCGCCCUCUCAACCUGACCUAUCCAAACCCACACUCCUUCAUUCACCCUGGUCCCUAUCCUCAUACUAGCCUUCUCCGCUUGCGAAGCAGGCAUAGGCCUAGCCAUACUAGUAGCGUCUACUCGAACCCACGGCUCCGACCACCUCCACAACCUCAACCUUCUACAAUGCUAA